AUGCCUAGAACAACUCCUGGUGCUCAAAAGUCUCUUCAGAAUUGUUGGCAAAGGAAAGAAGCAGUUGAACGGUGUGAUCUUGCUUUAGCGAAGUGGAUGAUUGAUACAUGUGUGCCAUUUAAUGCUGUUAACUCUGUGUAUUAUCAGCAUGUCAUAGAUGUUGUAACAGUCAUGAGUUCUAGUUAUAAAAGACCAAACUUGCAUGCUAUUCGUGGUUAUUACUUGGUAAAAACGAUUGAUGAAGUGAAGAUUUAUGUUGAGAGUUAUCGAGAGAUUUGGAAGAAGACUGGUUGCACAUUAAUGACUGAUGGACGGACAGAUCAGAAGAGAAGGACUUUAAUUAACUUCUUAGUAUGUUGUCCUAAAGGAACAAUUUUUUUGAAAACUGUGGAUGUAUCAGAUGUCUCAAAGACUGCUAGAUUGUUGUAUCAAUUGUUUAGAGAGGUUGUUUUGUAUAUUGGGGUAGAAAACAUUGUGCAUAUGGUGAAUGAUAAUGCUGCAAAUUAUAUUGCUGCUGGCAGCAUUUUAGCUCAUAAAGAUGAGUUGAGAGCUAUGGUGACAUUUAGGGAAUGGGUCUCAUCUGAUUAUGCUAAAGAUAGCAAAGAAAAAAAGUUUGUUGAGAUUCGAGUUCUACGAAUGGUUGAUGGUGAUGGUGAUGAUAGACCUUCGAUGGGAUAUUUGUAUGAUGUUAUUCAUCAUGCAAAAGAAGAAAUGAUGAGGAGAUUUCAAAAGAGAAAGGCUAGAGUGAAACCUUUCAUAGACAUUAUCAAUAAUCGGUGGGAUGGACAACUAUAUAGAAAUCUUUAUGCAGCGGCAUUUUGGUUGAAUUCUCGAUUUCAAUAUGAUGCAAAUAUAAUGGAUAAACAUAUGAGCACCAUUUCUGGACUUCUAGAUGUUUUUGAGAAGUAUGCACAUGGAAAUUUACCAUUGCAAAAUAAGAUUACAAGUGAGAUAAAGUUGUUUAGGAAUGCUGAACAUGACUUUGGUCGAGCGUCCGCAAUAAAUAAUCGCACCCUUAUGCCUCCAGAUGAUUGUGACGAUGAAGUUUCAAAGGAGCAUGCUGAUGAUUUAUUAGGUGUUGACGAGAGUGGCUCAAUUCCAUCGACAUUUGAUCCAAAUUUUGCUUCUAUGGAAACAGAAGAACUUAAUGUGUUCAUUCAACAAAAGUGA